GUAACAUUAAAUAAUGGUUGUUUUAAACGUGAAUGAUCAUAUAUGGCUUACAAAUUCAGAAGAUGUUGAUUUAUCAGUUCCAAUUGGUGGUAUUGUUCGAAGGAUAGAACAGAAUCAUUAUAUUGUUGAAGAUGAUGACGGUCGAAUUCUCAAAGUUUCGACAGACAACAAUAUGAGACUGAUGCAUCCAUCCUCUAUCAAAGGUGUCGACGAUAUGAUUGACUUGGGUGAACUUAAUGAGGGUGGAAUUCUUCGGAAUCUUUGUAUGCGUUAUAGUCAAAAUCAAAUUUAUACCUACACAGGAUCAAUAUUAGUGGCACUAAAUCCCUAUCAGAUUCUGCCUAUUUAUAAUGCUGAUUAUAUCAAAAUGUAUCGAAAACGAAAAUUUGGUGAACUACCACCUCAUCUAUUUGCUAUAGGUGACAAUGCAUACAGCAAUAUGAGAAGAUAUGCUAUGGAUCAAUGUAUAGUAAUCAGUGGUGAAAGUGGAGCUGGUAAAACGGAAAGUACAAAAUUACUUUCACAGUUUUUAGCUGCUGUCAGUGGUCAACAUUCUUGGACAGAACAACAGAUACUCGACUCAAACCCUAUAAUGGAAGCUUUUGGAAAUGCUAAAACUGUUCGGAAUGAUAAUUCAUCUCGAUUCGGAAAAUAUAUUGAAAUUCAUUUUAGUCGUGAACGUGGCAAUAUAGUCAGUGCAAAAAUUGAUCAAUACUUAUUAGAGAAAUCACGGAUUGUUACACAAACAAAAAAUGAACGUAAUUAUCAUGCAUUUUAUUAUAUGUUAGCUGGAAUGUCAUCUGAGAUGAAAAAUCUAUUAGGAUUAACUAAAGCAGAAGAUUACGAUUAUCUUAUACAGGGUGGAAUAACUGAAAUGGACGGUAGACAUGAUUCAGCUGGUUAUACAAGCGUCAAUUCUGCCCUGAAAGUUUUGACAUUCACUAGUGAAGAUAUCGACAAUAUCUGGAAAAUAUUAGCAGCUCUUUUACAUUUGGGAAAUGUUUACUUUGUUGACAGUCAAGUGAAUGGAGUUGAUGCCUGUGAAGUUUCUUCAAAAAGUCACUCAGAAUUGGAAUGGGUUUCACGUUUGCUUCAGGUGUCUCCUGCAAGUUUGGCAACCGCCAUAACAGUGAGAAUGCUGCACACUGGUGGCGAAUGUGUAACUGCACCAUUAUCCAGAAGUACUGCAGUCUGUGUUCGUGAUGCUCUCGUAAAAACAGUAUACAAUGAACUGUUUACCUGGAUAGUCAAUAAAAUCAAUACAGUUGUGUAUAAUCCUCCACCAAGAAAAAUAUUCAGUUCUAACUCACAUGUAAACAAUAUUCUGAAUCUAAAUUCUGGUGAUACACCUGUUAAAAAUGCUCAAAGCCAAAUAACACAUUCAGCAACAGAAACAGAUCUAAAUAACGUUGGCAAUUCAAUUAGUUGCGAACACCGAAUAAGUAUAGUUGGACCUGGUCGUAAUACAAUUGGAAUUUUAGAUAUAUUUGGAUUUGAAAAUUUUGUAAAUAAUAGUUUUGAACAAUUUUGUAUUAAUUAUGCCAAUGAAAAUUUUCAACAAUUUUUUGUUCGACAUAUAUUUAAACUUGAACAAGAAGAAUACUUAUCUGAAUGUAUUAAUUGGAAUCAUAUAGAUUAUGUAGAUAAUCAAGAUGUAUUAAAUUUAAUUGCUAUACAACCAAUGAAUAUAUUAGCAUUAUUAGAUGAAGAGAGUAGAUUUCCACAAGGUACAGAUAAUAGCUUUUUACAUAAAAUCAAUUCAAGACAUUCAUCCAAUCCAUAUUAUGUACGAACAGCAUCGGAAACAGAUAAGCGUUUUGGUAUUCAACACUUUACGGGUGUUGUUUAUUAUUACGUCGACGGAUUUCUUGACAAAAACCGGGACACUGUCAGUUCAAAUUUAGUUAAUUUAAUACUACAAUCUGAAAAUGAAUUUCUUCGUUCGUUAUUUACCAAUUCAUACUUAUUGACGGAUAAAUCGUCUCAGAGCAUCAGAACCCGUAAACGUUUAUCAACUCUUAGCAUUCAGUUUAAAAAAUCAUUAGAUAAUCUAAUGCGUACACUAAACAAUUGUCAGCCAUUUUUUGUACGUUGUAUCAAACCGAAUGAUGUUAAACAACCAAAUUUAUUUGACAGAGAACUUUGUCUUAAACAGUUACGUUAUUCUGGCAUGAUGGAAACAAUACGUAUACGUCGUGCUGGUUAUCCUAUUCGACACAAAUUUGUUGAAUUCAUUGAUCGAUAUCAUCCAAUUAUUAUAAAUUGUAUGAAAAAUAAUAUAGAAGGCAAAGAAAUGAGUAGAAUAGUUCAAGAAGUAUGCGCCAGUGUUUUAGUAAAUAAAGAUUAUUGUUUAGGUCGGUCAAAAAUAUACCUGAAGUAUGUACACGAUACACAACUAGAAUAUGAACGUGAUCGUAUUCUGAAUCAGUCUGCUACAAAACUUCAAGCUAAUUGGCGCACAUUUAUUGCACAUCGUAAAUAUACUAUGGCAAAAAUGGCAAUUAUUCAUCUUCAGGCUAUUGUGCGAGGUUGGAUAGCGAGAAAAUCAUAUAAAAAAGUUCGAUGCGCAGUUAUUAAAAUUCAGACAGCAUAUUAUCAUUAUUAUAAAUGUAAAAGAAAAAUAUCUGAAAGUGUCAUAAUACAACUACAAGCUUUAUCGAGAGGUUAUUUAGUUCGAUGUAAAGUGGACUGUCUUCAUAAUGCAGCUAUGCGCAUUCAGAAAGCUUACAAGACUUAUUUAUUAAAAAGAAAGAUUGAAGAAAUGAAAUACUUGAAACAGAAUACCGCAAAUGAAUUCCCCAACUGCAAGCAAUAUGAACCAAUAAGUGAUAUCAAUCAAACAGAUGAAUUACUUAAUACUAUACUACAGGAUUCAACUGAUAUUACACAAGAUGAUUUAAUGAUAAUCGAUGAAAAAAUUCAUUGUAAAACACCUGAUCAAUUAAUCACCACCAUAAAUCACUCUGAUAUAGUAUUAAAUGAAAAUAUAACUAAAUGUAUUGAUAUACCGGGUGUAUACGGCGAAUCAAAGUCAAUUAAAUUAGACAAGUUGAAUUAUCCUUCUAAUGACUAUGCAAUUUCACAUGUUGAAGUAUCUAGUGAUGAUAGUGAAAAAGGCGAUUCAAAGUUUAUCCGAUUCGCUACAACUUAUUUUCAAGCAGGUGCUACACCAUACUUUACAAAUGAGUUAUUAACAAAACCAUUAUUAUUUCACAAUGAUGAAGAAGACAAUGAGGAAAAAUGCAUAACAAAUAAACGGACUCUCAUGAAUACAAAGUGUAAAAAUUUGAAAUGUACACCAGCACUUCAAACAAAUUCAAUUCAUUUACGAAUGUUGGACAAUACACUGAAUCCUGAUCAAAAUGAGAAAACAGGGAAUGAAAUGAGCUCAUUGAAAUGCACUCAUAGUGCAGAAAAUAUGCUUUCUUAUACAAAAGAAAAUUUAUCUUUUGAAAAGAGUUAUCACAGAAUACAUUUUAUCUUUUUACAAGGAAUUAUGCGAUCAUCAUUACAAGAUGAAAUCUAUUGUCAAAUAUGUAAAUUAAUUAACGGGAAUCCUAAUAUGCAAAGUCAAGCACACGGCUGGUUCCUGCUUGCAUUAUGCACUGGAUGUUUUCCACCAUCAGAAAAAUUAAGAAAUUCAAUUUUUCAGUUUAUUAACUCCGAUUCAAAUCAUUUUGUUAAAUUAUGUAAGGACAGACUUCAAAGAACACUACGGAAUGGAAUUCGAAAUGAACCUCCAAGUUUAACAGAGUUAUGUAUAAUAAAGAAUAAUACAGAUUUUAAAUUAGAUGUUACCACUAUGGAUGGGUGUAUCCAUCGAGUAUUGGUUGAUUCAGCAACUAAAGUUUCAGAAGUCUGCCAUCUGAUCUCAAAUAAAAUAAAUCUUAAAGACUCAUUUGGAUUUUCACUUUUUAUUCAGUUGUUCGAUGAGUUAUCAGCACUUGGUGAUGGUGAAGAAUAUAUAAUGGAUACAAUUAGUCGAUAUGAGUAUAAUGCUAUGCAGCAAGGAACACUUGAUUUACAUGUAAAAUGGACAUUAUAUUUUCGUAAAGAAAUUUUCUAUCCAUGGCAUGAUUCAUCCAUUGAUAUGAUUUCUACUAGAUUAAUUUAUCAACAAGUUAUUCACGGUGUACAAUAUGGUGUAUAUCAGUGUAAUGAUGAUAAUUUACGUGCUAAGCUGUUGGCAUGUGAGUGGAUAAUUAGUGAACUGACUAAUAAUAUGCGCAAUGAAGACAAUUUAUUCGUUCUACAAAGGGAAAACUUAACAAAUUGGUUAGAAAAACGUCAGUUACCACAAAUAUCUAAGUGGAGUACAUUAAUAAAUCAAGUAAUACAAAAAGACGAAUUUCCAAAAUCUCCAACGAAUCCUGAUACUAUCAGACAAGAAGUUGUCAAUUUAGCUAAAGCUAAUUGGCCUUUGUUAUUUUCAAAAUUUUAUGAAGCCCAUGAAUUUAAAGGUCCAGAUUUAUCUGCAGAAUAUGUUGUAAUAGCAAUAAAUGAAAAUGGCUUGUAUAUAAUCCAUGAAGAAGAUCAAAUAUUACGAAUAUUUUUAUAUCCUGAAAUUUAUAACAUUUUAAAUACUAGCUUGAAGUCAUCAAAUAUAAGUGUGUUAACAUUGACUACGGUGAAAAGAGUUGAAUACACAUUUUUAUCUAAAUAUUCUGGUAAUAUACAAAAUAUAACGAUGAAAUUCAUUAGUGGUUUGAAACAACGUUCAGUGUAUGCUAUUGCUAUUAAACAUUCACAAGAACAAUGCGAAUCUAAUAAACUGUUAUCAAUGCAACCUGGUGAUUUAAUUAUAAUUGAUAAAUAUAAUAAAGAAAAUGAAAAAGAAGAUACUAUUAUGAAUACAGACAUUCCAUUACAUUGUGAACGUAAAACUGAUUCACCAUUUCUUCGUGAAAAAUUCAUACAAAUUGGUGACAAAAAUGGUUGGUGUUAUGGAAAGAAUAAAACAAAUGGAAAGGAAGGUUUAUUUCUUGCAAAACAAGUUUACAUAUUGCCAUGUUUAUCUUAUCCAACAAAUGAAAUAAUCACAUUAUUUAAUUUAAACAAUGAUAACUCUAAUAACCACGCAUUGAAUUCUGUGCCAUCACAAAAUAUGCACAUUAAACCUAUGAUGACUUCCACUGAAUCACAUUUUAGUCUGCCGUCAUCAUUUCGAAAUUUCAGAGAAUCGCAUAUGUCUCGUCUACUGGAUGGCACCACCCUCAGUAGGACACCUCUACAUACACUUGAAGAAUAUGCAUCACGUCAUUUUCAGAAAAUUCCAUCUACCACCCCCAUUUGGAAGUAUACAAAUGAACCAAUUAGUAUGCCAUUAUUACAAGAGUUUAGUCAAAGUGAUUCGGAAGUGUGUCAAAUGGCAGUGAAAUCAUUUGACGCAAUUAUGCAAUACAUGGAUAGUGGUCUGCCAAAUGUUGAAAAAUCGCUUCAGUUAACUGAUUUUAUUUUUCAAUCAUUUCUUCACUCACCAAUUUUGCGCGAUGAAAUUUACUGUCAAUUAGUGAAACAAAUGACAUAUAAUAACAAUGAUAUGAGUGUUAGACGAGGUUGGCAACUUUUAUGGUUAGCAACAGGACUUGCAACGCCUAGCAGUGAAUUAAUGAAAGAAUUGGAAGCAUUUUUACGUUCUAGUCGAAAUAAGUUUGGAAAACGAUGUCUUCAGCGUUUAAAAAGGACACUGAGUCAAGGGCAACGGCACUAUCCACCGUAUGAAAGUGAAGUUUUCGCCAUCCAGUCUAACACAGAAGAAAUGCCACAGGAAAUAUGUUUUCCUGAUGGGUCACAUUUAACAAGGUGUGUGGAUUCAAGUACUAAAGUAAAAGAUUUGCUGAAAAAAAUCAUUAAAACUUUGGAAAUAGAAACACCAGCUGCCUAUUCAAUUAUAGUAUCUAUUAAGGAUCAACUACACACAAUGCCAAAUAAUCUUUUCUUUUUCGAUUUUAUUCGCGUUCUUACAGAUUCUAUAAAAGAACAAAAUGUUCCCACAGAAGCAGUUCAUCAUAAAUCUGUGUAUAAGUUAUCUUUUAUUAAGAACUUAUGGAUAGACACUGUCCCAGGUGAAGAUUUAAAAAUAGAUGAGAUGUUUCAUUAUCCUCAGGAAUUACCAAAGUAUAUUUGUGGUUAUUACAAUACGUCGGUUGAAAAAUCUGUGGAAUACGGAGCACUAAUCGCUAUUGCCAAUGGACAUAAAUUACUUGACAUGCUAUCACUGGACUGUAUAAUACCACAAACAGUUAGACAACAACUUUCAGAUGGUGAAUGGAGAGCGAGGAUAAAUAAUGCGAUGGAAAGAUUCAUUGAACUAAACAAGGUCAAUGCUCGUACAAAAUUUCUUCAAUCUUUGAAAGAGUAUAUAACUUUUGGUUCUUCAUUCAUGAAAGUCAAGCAAACAACAAUGCAAAAAUUUCCUGAGAAUAUUAUUUUGGCUAUAAAUCAAAGAGGUCUUUUAAUUAUGAAUGCAACAACUAAGGAAUCACUAGAACAUUAUCCACUGAAUGAAAUUGCUACCUGGUCAUUUAGUGAUGAGUCUAUUAGUUUAUACAUAGGAAAUCCUGAUGAUUUUAGCGAAUUGAAGUGUGAAACUAUUGUGGGAUAUAAAAUUGAUGAACUACUAGGUAAAUAUAAAAACCAAUUAUUUUCAGCUUCUAAGGAUAAACAGUGUUAAAUGUGUAUAUAUAUGAGUUAAUUCAUAAUUUUAUUACUUUUAAUUAAUGAU